AGCCCUCUGUUUUUCUUACUUUAAUAAAGUAUGAUUCUGUUCACACGGUGAGUUUCCACAACCAAUCAAUUAAAGUUAAAUCAAUUGAAAUAUUUUCUUCACUGCAAUCUCUCUUCAUCAUCUUCAUUUUUCUUCUCUCUCAAUCAUUCAGAAAUAUUUUCACUCACAAACCUCUCUGAAACUAGUUCCCCUGAUUUCUUCUGUUUGCAUCUUGGUUGCCCUGUUACUUUCUCUGUUUUACCUUCUUUAUUGCAGAAUCUUUUUGCCCUAUUUCUAGUUUUUUUUUUUUUCUGUUUCAAUAUUUCUUAUUUCUUCAACCAAAAAAAAAAACAAACACUUUUUUGCUUUCAGUUAUUUCCCGAUUACUAGAAAGAAUUAUCAUUUCUCGUAUUUAUAGUUAAUUAUUUUCAUUUGAUUUACUUCUCUUCUGUUUUUCAAACUUGAAAAAAAGUUAAAAAAAUGGUUGAUGUUGCCGGGAGUGUUGCGGGUGUGGUGAGUCCUGUCCUUCAAGUUGCCCAGUGGUUGGCUGCUCCGAUUUGGCGUCAAUUUAAGUACUUGUUCAACUACAAGAGCAACUUUGACAAUCUCCAAGAAGAAAUUGACAAGCUGAAGAAUACAAGAGACGAAGUUCGGCAUAAGGUUACUGCUGCUGAGAGAAAUGUGGAAGAGAUCAAACAGAAUGUUAAGGACUGGCAGAAAGAUGUGGAGAAGACCAUUACUGAAGCAGAGCAGUUGAUUCAAGCGAAAGCAAACAACCCUCGAUGUUUCAAGGGAUUGUGCCCCAACUUCAUCAUCAGCUACAAACAAAGCAAGAAAGCACUCAAAUUAAAGCAGGAUGAUAUCGAUCCACUACUCCGGCAAGAAAAGGAAUUGGGUCCUGUUUCCUAUCCCACUAAUCCACCGGAGAUCUGGCUUAGAUCUAGUGAAGAUUAUUUGGCUUUUGAAUCAAGAAACUCCACUGUGAAGUAUGUAUGGAAUGCUUUAAAUGAUGAGAAUGUCUUCAUGAUUGGUGUUUAUGGGAUGGGCGGUCUUGGGAAGACCACUCUUGUGCAGGAACUUGGUAGGAAAGCCAAGGAGGAGAAGCUCUUUGAUGAGAUUGUUUUUGUGGAGGUUUCAGAAUCUCCUGAUAGAAAAAAAAUUCAAACAACAAUUGCAGACAACUUAGGUCUGAAAUUCGAAAACGAAAGUGAAAGGGCAAAGAAGCUAUAUUCAAGAAUAAAGGGCAAGAAUAUUCUUCUAAUUCUAGAUAACAUUUGGGAACCUCUAGAAUUUGAAAAUUUGAUAGGAAUUCCAUGUGGAGCUGAUCGUGGAAGAAAUAAACUUUUGUUCACAACAAGAAACUUAGAUGUGUUACAGAGGAUGGGUUCCACAAAUAAUUUUGAGAUGAGCAUUUUAAAUGAAGAAGAAGCUUGGACCCUAUUCACCAAAAUGACAGGAAAUAUUAUUCAAACACAUGAAUUACAUUCUCAAGGAAAAGAUGUAUGCAAGGAAUGCAAAGGAUUACCUAUUGUAAUUUGUACAAUGGCUAAAACAUUAAAAACCAAGAGUCAUCCAUCUUAUUGGAAGUGUGCAUUGCAAGAAUUGAGAGCACCUUCUCCAAGAAAGUAUACAAGAUACCUAGAAGAGGAUUACGCAAAGAUCGCCUUAAGUUAUAAGUAUUUAAGAGAUGAUGAACUUAAGAAAACGUUUUUAAUUUCUAGUCUAAUGAAAAAUAAUACUUCCAUUUCAAAUUUGUUCAAACAUAUUGUGUAUCUGGAUGUAUUUGAUGGAGCUAAUUUGACAAUGGAAGAAGCACGAGAUAGAUUAGAUAUAUUGGUUUGUGACCUCAAAGAUGCUUGUUUAUUGCUUGACGGGUUCAAAAGCGACCAAUUUGCUAUGCAUGAUGUUGUUCGUGCUGUUGCCAUAACAAUUGCAUAUGUGGAUCACCAUGUGUUUACAGUAAGAAAUGACAUUGAACAAGAUUGGAAGGAUAGAGACAAACUCAAGAAAUGCACAAUGAUCUCUUUACCUAGUGACAAUACUAUUAUUAGUCAACUUUGGCCUAACGAUUUGGAUUGUCCAAAUCUUGAAUAUUUCUAUAUGGGGGACUCUCCUUUCAAAAUCCCUGUGAAAAUCCCAGAGGACCUUUUCAUGGUGAUGCCAAAGCUUAGAGUAUUGAAUUUGGAUAGGCUAUGGCAAUCAUCAUUGCCAUCAUCAAUUGAUCUUCUAACAAACCUUCGAACAUUGUCUUUAGAUAAUAGCAAAGUUAAAGAUUUUGCUAUUAUUGGAAAGCUAAAGACAUUAAAAGUUCUUAGCUUGCAACGAUCAGAUAUUGAGGAGUUUCCUACAGAAUUGGGUCAAUUGACUCAGCUAAGGUUGCUAAAUUUAAAUUAUUGUUGGAGAUUGGAAGUAAUUGCUCCAAAUGUGAUAUCACAAUUAUCCAAAUUAGAAGAAUUUUAUAUAAAGGGAUGUCCUAUUAAAUGGAAGGAUGAUGUACUCAAGGAAUUGAAGCUUUUGUCCAACCUCACCAGUUUAGAAUUAGCUAUUGAAGUUAACAAUUUGCCUAAAGAUUUUGUUUCCAAAAAGCUUAGAAGGUACAAAAUAACAAUACGAGGUGAGUAUUACGAAGAUUCAAUAAGUAAAUACUCAAGGAUUUUGGCAUUUGCCUGUAAUUCUACCGUCUCCCAAGAAGAAUUAGGUGGAAUCAAUGAUGUUGAAGUCUUACACAUCGUCAAAUCUUUAGAUGACGAGGAGGAUCUUGAUGAAAAGCAAAUGUUGCCAUUAUUUAAUGAGAAGGUUUGGUUAACUAUAAUCAUUAGUACUUCUCUUUUCAAGUGA